CUUGUGAUUGGCUAGAUACUGCAGCGGAAGAGACAAACUUCAGGAAGUAAAAUGUCUUCAGUCGUUUCAUUGUGUUGUUGUUUUGUUUUGUUUUAAACCAGACAGUACAAGUUUUGUAAAUUGGAAAUAUAUUAGGAUGUGAGCUGCCAACGUCAGCCCCAUUAUAACUUUCUUACAGAGACACUGACGAAACUGCGAAUUUUCCCAGCAGGUUCAAUGGCACUGCCUAAAAGGAAGGCAUUACCAAAACCGCUGCCCGACGGCUUCAUACUGACUGACAUGGAGAAGAGAAAAUGGAGGCUGGGGAACAUCAUUGGUCAAGGUGGCUUUGGACUGAUCUACCUCGCAUCCAACAACAUAAGCGGGCCUGUUUCAGCGGACAGCGAUUAUGUGAUAAAAUUGGAGUACCAAGAUAAUGGCCCCUUGUUCUCUGAGCUCAAGUUCUACCAGAGGGCAGCCAAACCAGAGAGCAUUAAAAAAUGGAUGGGAAGUGGAAGACCAGACCACCUUGGCAUACCGACAUACUGGGGAACAGGGCAGGCUGAGCACAAUGACCUCAGGUAUCGGUUUAUGAUUAUGGAACGGCUGGGCAUCGACCUGCAGAAAAUCUGUGAGAGCAAUGGAGGUCGACUGAAGAAGGCUAGUGUGCUACGAAUUGGUCACAUAAUGGUGGAUACUUUGGAGUUUAUGCAUGACCAUGAGUACGUCCAUGCAGAUAUCAAAGCUUCCAACCUCAUGCUGGGUUAUAGAGACCCUCAAAAGGUCUACUUAGUCGACUAUGGGCUGUCCUACAGGUACUGCCCUGAAGGAGUCCACAAACUGUAUAAGGAAAACCCAAAGAAAGGCCACAAUGGAACCAUUGAGUACACGAGUCUUGAUGCCCACAGAGGUGUUGUUCCAUCAAGACGUGGAGACCUACAGAUUCUCGGUUUUUGUCUGCUUCACUGGUUAACUGGAUCGCUUCCCUGGAACAACGUUCUCAAAAACCCAGCUGAUGUUAUGGAGGCCAAGACCAGACUGAUGGAUCACCUGCCAGAGUCCGUCCAGCAGCUGUCAGUGAGUGAAGCCAGCACAGCUGAGGUGGCCACAUUCCUCCAGUACGUUAAAUCUCUGCGCUACGAAGACCGGCCUGACUACCAGCGCCUGAGACAACUGUUAGCCACUGAAGCCAAGGUAAAACUGGACUUCUCCGUACCUCAGGGACCUGGAGAGGGAUCCACACCGAAGGUACUUGAUCCUCAAAUCAAGGGCAAGAAACCGGGAAAGGCGAAGAGCAUCCCCAGACCGAAGGCCGCAGCCACAGAGGUGAAGGAUGAAGAGAACGUUGUUGCCGAGGAGACGACGAAGCCUAAACAAAUUCCAGCUUGCUACAUACGAGGGCCGCCACUUCCGCAGAAGAAGGAUGAAGUCCAGAGAUCACUGCGGCAAAAGACUCCGACUGCGAGAUCUUCCAAAGAAGGCACAUCGGCCAACAACGAUGAUGUUAAUGCUAAUGGAAAGGAGCAGCCGAGAAGUAAACCCAUCGACCCGCGCUACUUGAAGGGCCCUCCAAUCGGUCUCCGAGAAGGACCUGAAAAGAACGCAAACUCCAUCAGGGAAUGUGGGAGUACGGACCAGCUCUGGAGCCGGGAAUUCCGAAGGAGCCAAAGCGGAACGUUCCCCAGCUGUGAGACGCGAAGUUUCGCUCGCACGGCUGAAGAAGAGGAUAACGACGACAACGACGAUGAUGGCGGUGGAUCUCUGCAGCCGGAAGAGCAAAGCACUUUGUCUCGCGUGAUUUACUGCUCGGUGUCCAUGGCCGCCGCCUUACUCCUGGCUGCCGGAGCCUCCUUGAUUUAACGUCUCGGGAACCUCAGGAAAGGUUCUCAGCUAGAAUCUUUUUUUUUUUUUUUUUUUCUUUCCCCCCAGCAGGUAAAAGAUGUGCAUCUCCUUUUGGGUUUAAUUGCUUUGAAGCGUUUUCCUUAGGUUCAACUGGCCCGCAAAGCCACUUCUCAGGACUUGUAAGCUGCCAUUUUCACAGUAAUGGGCUGAAAUGGAAGGAGUUGUACUUAUUAAAGAGCCAAAUGCUUUCUGAAGGAUACUUUACAACAAUGCCGUGGAGUGCACUCAUUUCCCCGACUAAGCUAUCAAAUAC